UGACUCACGUAGCACCAUGACACGAGUUUUGCGGCUUCGGGGAUCUGGCGAGAAGAGUGGCGAGGAGUGACAAGACAGAUACAGAGGAAAGAAAGCGGCGGAGCGUGAGCAAGUGAGGGAACGAACGAGAGUGUAUUAUUGGGUUACCUCGCAAGCGAGUGAGAAUAGUUAUACGUUCAACGAGUGUGAUUGGCUUGCCCGCGCUGCGACACAAAGAUCACUUGCGUUGACUGGCACGUUUCGUACACGCAUACGUGCGCGCUCCGCGUCCGCGACAUUUUUUUUUUCUGUCUCUCACGGCUGCAUUUCGGCGUUUAUUAGCAGUAACAGUAGACGAACGUGACAAGUGUGAGUCGCUCGCGGACACGCUCCGACGAUCAUCGCGUCUACGAGGAAACGAGGACUCCACGACUCCGAGAUGGCCGGUGCGAUGUUGAUCGAGCGGGCCCAGGCGGUCUCGGUGACGGAUCGCAGCGAAGGCAUCUCCUUGCUGAACGAGAUUGUGUCGGAUCCGAGUAUCGGCGCUGCAGAAAAUGACGAGGACAACAUUCGCGUCAAGGAGCAGGGUAUCCUGCACUUGGGCGAACUCUACAAGAAGGAAGGCAAGGCGAAAGAGCUGGCCGAACUCAUUAAAGCCACCAGACCGUUCCUCAGCCUCAUCAGUAAGGCAAAAGCUGCUAAGCUUGUGCGCUCUUUGGUGGACUUCUUCCUAGAUCUAGAAGCUGGUAUUGGUAUUGAGGUGCAAUUGUGUAAAGAAUGCAUAGAAUGGGCGAAAGAAGAACGCAGAACAUUUUUAAGGCAAUCUUUAGAAGCACGCUUAAUAGCCCUUUACUUUGAUACGGGUAUGUUCAGCGAAGCUUUGCAGCUAGGCUCUGCUCUCCUGAAAGAACUGAAGAAACUCGACGACAAACAGCUACUAGUAGAAGUUCAAUUGUUAGAGAGCAAGACAUAUCAUGCUUUAAGCAAUUUAGCAAAGGCCAGAGCUGCACUCACCAGCGCUAGGACAACUGCCAACGCGAUUUAUUGUCCACCCAAGAUGCAGGCGGCUUUGGAUCUACAAUCUGGAAUAUUACACGCUGCGGACGAGCGAGAUUUCAAGACUGCUUACUCUUACUUCUAUGAAGCCUUCGAGGGGUAUGACAGUGUUGAAAGUCCCAAAGCACUGACAGCGCUCAAGUAUAUGUUACUGUCGAAAAUCAUGUUGCGUACGCCGGAAGACGUUCAGGCGAUCAUGUCUGGCAAACUGGCGGUGAAAUACGCGGGAUCAGACUUGGACGCGAUGCGCGCAGUUGCCGAAGCCAGUCAUCGACGAUCAUUGGCAGAUUUUCAAAAGGCAGUCAAGCAAUACCGACAGCAAUUAGAGGACGACGUGAUUGUACGCGCACAUCUUGGUUCCCUCUAUGACGCUAUGCUGGAGCAAAAUCUCUGCCGUUUAGUUGAACCUUAUUCACGAGUUCAGGUAAGCCACAUUGCCUCGUGUAUAUCUCUACCAUUGGCACAAGUAGAAAAGAAACUGUCGCAGAUGAUAUUGGACAAAAAGCUCCGCGGAGUCCUCGACCAGGGAGAGGGCGUCUUAAUUGUUUUCGAAGAUACACCCCGCGACAAGACUUACGAAAUUGCGCUGGACACGAUACACAGCAUGGGAAAGGUCGUCGAUACACUUUACCAGAAAGCAAAGAAACUCACCUAGCCUUAUUUAAUAUGUAUUUAUACAAGGAAAAAUCUACCGCAAUGAUUAUAAUCCUUAAUAAUUCGUUACUUUUAUUAAACAUGGUCGAUUAACUGUGUUUCCGUAAUUAACAAUGACGACACAAGAGUAUUGCUGCAAAGAAGUACUCAUUUAUCCGACAUGUUCUUAUAGAGUUGCCUUUAUCGAUAAUAGAAAUUGUUGGAGAGGAACCGUUAAA